AAAAAAGUAUGUGAAGAAAAAGAAUGGUAAUGGGUUAUGGGGCCAUGGGGGGAUGUUCGUGUGGUGUUUGGUAGAGGGAAAAAAAUUAUUUAAUUAAAAUUGAUGUUAUCUAACUUUAUUUUUAAAUCAAAAAAAUCUUUCAUUCUUAAUUACUAGUGUAAUACCACAAAGAUAUGAAAUCAAAUUUUAAAUAUUUUUUUAUCAAAAUAAUUAAUUAAUAUUUAGAAAUGGCUCCCUUAACCCAAGUCAAAAUGUCUAUUUGUAAGGUUGUUAGUGUGUCUACUCCUAUUUCUUUGCAUUUCCUUCUCCUUCUUCUCACCUUCUAAUCUCUUUCCUCUUCAAUCCAAACAUCCCUUAAUCCCAAAAAUUUAAUCCAUAUAAUUUUCCCUUUAAUAAACCCACUAAUAAUUUUCAUUUUCUCCUAGACAUAUAUAUAUAUUGUACCAAAAUAGUUCCUUACAAUAUAGGUCACAUACUCCCUAGCUUUUCUCCCUACUAGAACAACAUGGGCUUCUUCUUGGGUUGUUUCGGGUCAAGAUCGGGCCCGCACAUGAAAACUAGCGACCGGGUUUCACCGGAAAAAGUUUCGGUGGACAACGAGGCGCCGUUGGGGGUGUUGAAGAGGUUUAGUUGGGUAGAAAUAGAGAACAUGACAAUGAUGUUUAAGGAGGUGAUUGGUGUAGGAGGGUAUAGUACAGUGUACCUUGCUAAGUUCCCUGAUUCAUCCUUAGGGGCUGUCAAGAUUUAUAAUAGUAGUGAAAGGCUUAAUCAAGUGUUUAAGAGUGAAUUAGAGAUCUCCCAAAAACUUCAUCAUGCUAAUAUUGUCAAACUUCUUGGGUAUUGUGAUGAAAAAGAUGAAGGAGUACUAGUUUUUGAGUACAUACCAAAAGGAAACUUACAAGAAAAACUCCACAACAAUGAAAUCCCUUCAACAAACAAGAAAAGCAACAAAUUGAGCAUACAACAACAAAAACUCACAUGGAAACAGAGGAUUACAAUAGCAUACCAAUUAGCCCAAGCAUUAGAAUACCUCCAUGAAAGUAAUGACCUUCACAUAGUUCAUGGAGAUAUUAAGUCCUCUAAUGUCCUCUUAGAUCAUCAUUUCAACACUAAACUUUGCGAUUUUGGUUUUGCUAAAAUGGGUUUUUCAUCAAUGAUCAAACCCCCUUCAUCUAGAAUUACAAUGAUGGGAUCCCCAGGUUACAUAGAUCCACAUUUCCUUAUGACAGGAAUCGCUUCGAAAAAGAGUGAUGUUUAUAGUUUCGGAGUCAUAUUACUUGAACUUAUUACUGGGUUUGAGGCCUUUAUUUGUUCUGGUGUACAAAAACAGGUUCUUUUGACAUCAAUUGUUAGAACAAAAGACAGUUUUGAUGUUGAAAAAGUGAUUAAAUUGGUUGAUCCAACACUUAUUAAAGGGGAAGGUUUUGAUUUAGAGGAAAUUAAGGGUAUGGCUUCUAUUGCAGGGGAUUGUAUUCAUCAUUUGCCUACUUUAAGGCCUUCUGCUUCAGAUGUUUGUAAGAUGAUUAAACAAAUUAUGUGUUCUAGUCAUAAUGUUUAGAGGUAGAACGCCAAAUUGUACUGGUGGAAAAAAUCUCAUAUGCUGCGAUUUUUUGGCGUCAUGUGUUGCGGUUUAGACCCUAAGCACUUGUAAUAGCAGCAGAUUAGUUGCACUUGAGGAAGAACAAGUGUUAGAUGAUCUCAUUGGAUAAAUGUGAAAUAUAGUCUUGUAUAAAGUUGGAAAUUGUGAAAAAAUAAUCUCAUUUACGAGAUUUUGUUUUAUAAAUGAUUGUAAAUGAUUGUAGAUUGGAGUUGUUAGAUAGAGUUGUUAACUGCUUGAUAAGCAAAAUUAUUAGUUGAUUUGCUAUAAAUAUUA